GAUAUGAUAUUGCGCAUGUAGGAGGAGUUAUGAAUCACGUGUGUGACGUCACGCGGUGAAUUUCAAAUUAAAUAUAAUUACAUGUCAGUGUAGAUUUUGGUGCUUUUUUGGAAUUUGUGAAUCAGUUUUCAACAAAAUGAGGUGUUCCGUGGUUGGAUGUACCACAGCUAAUGGAUCAAAACAGUUUUCAAGCAAUCUAAUGCUUUUCCGGUUCCCGAAUGAUCAAAAUUUUCAAAAACGUUGGGUGUUACCUUGUAACCGGCCAGGUCACAUUAAUGUGAAAACUACCAGAGUAUGUUCGAAACAUUUUGACGAGUCGUCUUAUGAACGGAAUUUGCGGUUUGAACUACUGGGCUAUACCGCCCGAAAUCGUCCACUGUUGAAACCAGAUGCCGUACCAUUUCUCAAUUUGCCACUGGGGAACUCAAAGGAUGUGAAAGGGGAAUCGGCCCGAACCAGUCGCAUUAAUAAAAGAAAUAGGUCAAAAUUAGUUGCGACUCUCCUACAAACCAAUACGAACACUGAUGCUGACAACAGAGACGAGAUAAUUCCAAAUUAAAAGAAGAAAAUGAAAUUUUUCACAGGUUUUUCACCACCACUGAAAU